UUGUGACAGGUGGACUUUAAAUCCUUUGGCCCCUUUAUGGUACUUUACAAGAACGAGCGGAAAGCUUACCUGAAUGCACUAUUACCGAAAGCAAAGUGCAGUAUCAUUAUACCGUAUGUAAUCUGAAGCACAGCGUGAGGUGUACCAGAUCUUUUCAAUCACACAGCCGUACCGUAACCUCAGGUGAUUGCUCAAUCGAUUGGAACCCAACAAGCUGAUGAGGAUUACGUGACUGACAGAAUGGACGCUGGCAAACACAAUUAGUGGGUUGCACGUGCAUCAUGGGAGUUGUAGUUCCCCCAGCUGCAAGACAGCUAUGUGUUGGCUACUAAUGCCAACUGUCUGGAGGACAGACAAGUAAAAUGAGUGGACUAGCCUUGUGCAGUGAAACAGAAUUAUAUAACAUCUUGAAUCAAGCAACAAAGAUCUCACGCUUGGCUGAACCUAACUAUCUCUGUCUUUUAGAUGCACGUUCUAAGAGAGAAUACAAUGAGGGUCACAUUAUAACUGCCCGAAGAGCCAAAAAGGAUGAAAACGAUGAAUGUUUCCUGUUACCCGAGUCUCUAGAGUUGGACUGUGUCAAGUAUUGUGUGGUUUAUGAUGGCCAUACUGAUUCUUUGGAUGGAGAAGGUCCAGCUAUAGAAUGUGCCAAGCUCAUGGCAGAAGUCUGCCGUCACCCAGUCAUGGUAUUAGCAGGAGGCUAUGAGAAUUUCUCUGCCCGUUACCACUUCUUCAGGUCUCAGAAAGUGUUUUGGAUGCCUCAGGAAAUAGAUGAUUUUAAACCACACCCCAUAGAAAUAAUGCCAAGUCUGUUAUACCUGGGUGAUAUUCGACAAGCAAGUGACCGUUACAUUCUAAAGGAUCUAAAGAUCAAAUCCCAGGUUAAUGUUUCUCCUGAACCAGUAAAUGUUUCUCUAGAAAAUGUCCACGUUCUGCAUAUUCCAGUCACAGACACCGCCGAUUCAGACCUCCUCCAGUCUUUCCCAAGUGUGUGCGCAUUUAUAGAUGCCCACAUGGGUCCAAAUUGUGCCGUUCUGGUGUUCUCUAAGCUGGGGAUCAGUAGUAGCAGUGCUGUGGUGAUUGCAUAUCUCAUGCAUUGCAAAAAGUGCUCCUUAAAGGAGGCCUGGGCACAUGUCCUGAAAUGCAAAGCCAACAUGAGGCCAAACAGAGGCUUUGUGGAACAACUGCUGGAGUGGGAAAAAACUAUUCUAGGACAGGCAGCGACAGACAUAUCUGACCCGAAAUUUUGAUCUCUGAUGUUCUAGCUAGAGCAGUAUGUAUCCCUAUAACGUUUAAUGAGGAUAGCUUUCUCUGUUACUGGAGAUAUUGGGAAUAAUGGGUGACCCCGCAACACAUUGGACACAAGCUCAUUUUUAAGUCAAUAGCAAGUAGCAAAAAUAAAUCAAUAACCACACAGAACAUAAAGCGCUGACAAUGUGCUUACUUUGAUUUACU